AUGCCUGCGGAGGGGGGCCCCCCUGAAGAGGGGGCCCCUGGGGGACUUUUUGGCGAGCAAGAGGGCCCCCCGGGGGCCCCGCCGUCUCCCCCCGGGGAGCUGGAGGCGCAAGAGGGUACUGCUGGGGGGGCUCCUACCCGGGUCCUGGUGGGGGCCCCCGAAGACAUGGAAGUGGGGCCUCCGGGGGGCCCCGGACACGGCGCACCUAGCAGCCAGCAGCAGCAAGAGACAAGUGCCACGGGAGCUGAGGGCCCAGAAGAAGGCCUGGGGUCUUUGUGA